UUUACUCGUUUGUAAUUUAAAGAAUAAUAACGUGAAUGAACUCUGGAGGAACAGUUAAUAUUGGACCUCCUUGCAGCUCCUUUGGAAGUCCUGGGACUACGACCGGAUGUGUGAACAGCGACGUGACCCUCCCUCGGCUUUCUGGGACUUGUAGUUCGCUGUGGGCGUGGCGACACGCUAGUCGUAAUCUGGGAUUCUGCGCUACCAGGUAUUAGAUUCAUGUGGGAAGUGAGCGGCGUCUGGCUGCUGGCGCCUCUCCCGAGGCGUGUAGGACGGGGGAGAUGUGGGAGUUCCAGAGAGAGGCUCCGGGCUGGAGACCCGAAAGCCUGUCUGGGCGGCCAUGGCAAGGCGAGCCACACCGGGGAAGUUCGUCCCAGGCCGCACCAGUGCCCCGGAGCCGCGACCGCCCUGCGUCUCAAUGGGCCCUCCUCUAGCCUGAGCUCCGGCCUUGCCCCGACUGCAGGCUUCUCGGCGCCAGUGACUGGCCUUUUAUCAAGGUUUUGGGUGGACGUUGACGACUGAGAGGGGCCCUUGUGAUGGGCCGAGGUUUCUGUCCUCAUAGCACGGUCCUCGCUAAAAUGUUGCAUCGGAGCUCCUGUACCCCGAAAACCAAUCAGGUCGAGGAACGCGUCGCUGACAUCCAAAAAAUCCACCCCUGAAGGCGAUACAUCCAAUUAGCUACCACUGCUCAACUUGAAUAUUUUAGAGCUGCUAGGGGCGGCAGGAUGUACCCUGGUGGGAAGGGGGUGUGGCCUGUUUGAGCCUGAGCCCUGUAGAGAGAGGUGAGCGAGGUGCCACGUAGGGAGGCAGGAAAGGCACCCCAGGAGAGGAGAGGGCUACACAGAGUAGCAGGAACGGAGGGACUUUUCCUUGCAGUCUUGCAGGACUGGCUAGUCCUGCAAGGUGGACUUGAUUUUGAUGGCUUUUUCUCUUUUGCUAGCUCUUUCUGGACGUCUGUCCUGAGAAGAGGGAAUGACCAAGUUCCAGGAACCGGUAACAUUUGAGGACUUCUCUGUGGACUUCACUGGAGGGGAGUGGAGUCACCUAGCUGUUACUCAGCUACUGAGGCAACUGCACGGAGCUGGGAUGCUGGAGAGCUACUGCCAAUUGGUCUCAGUGGGAGACUUGAAUGAAAAUUCUGUGAAGACUCUUCAAGAGAAAGGGUUUAGGGAUCUACUACAUAAAGAGCUUUCCUGCUGGUUGAUUUGAAGAGAUGACCAGUACAAUAACUGGAGAGUCAAGAAGUGUACAGAAAUCUUAAACUAGAUAUUUUGGGGAUAAGCAUCUUCUCACAGUUCCUGAAAUACAAGCAGUGUUUUGACCCUUCAAAGUGAUGAUUUCAAAAACAUGGAAAGUGAAGAAUAUUUGUCUUUGAAAGUUCCAAGCCAAAUGGCCACACAGGACUCCUCAGUGACAUUUUAUAAGAAUGAGCCCCAAGAUUCUCAGAAGAGCAAACGUCUGUUUGUAAAUAGAGAAAGCACUAAGAGAAAAGUGUUAGGAGGAAAAAGCCUUCCUCCCAUAGACCAUUGUUCAGAGACCCUUCAUGUUAAACUUGUGUCUGAUGUAAUAGAACUGGCCUCGCCAUUGUUCAGUGGGGAAGUAAUUUGCCAGAAUAACCUAUUGAAAGAAUCCUUGGAUCCUUUAGAUGGCAACUGUGAUAACAUUUGUGGUUGGGAAUCCCAAGUCGUCAGUGAUCAGAGAGCUCAUGCAGAGGAGCAUCCCUGUAACCAUUAUGACUCUGGCAAAACACCUAAAAUCAGCACAGAGAGUCCUCCAUGUAAGAAUAUCCACAUUGCAGAGAAACAAUACCAAUGCAGUUGGUAUGGUAAGGACUACAGUGAGAGCUCAGAACCACUACUUCAUCAGAGAAACCACACAGAAGAAAAGCCCUACAAAUGUGAACAGUGUGGGAAGAGCUUUGCAAGGAGCUCAAGUCUCCUCAUCCAUCAAGCAAUCCACACUGAUGAGAAGCCUUAUAAGUGUGACAAGUGUGAGAAGGGCUUCACAAGGAGUUCAAGUCUGCUCAUCCAUCACGCAAUCCAUACAGGCGAGAAACCUUAUAAAUGUGACAAGUGUGGGAAGGGCUUUAGUCAGGGCUCCAAACUGCAUAUCCACCAGCGAGUACACACGGGUGAGAAGCCCUAUGAGUGCGGGGAGUGUGGAAUGAGCUUCAGUCAGCGCUCUAACCUGUAUAUCCAUCAGCGAGUCCACACAGGAGAAAGGCCGUACAAAUGUGGAGAGUGUGGGAAGGGUUUCAGUCAAAGUUCGAACCUUCACAUUCAUCAUUGCAUACACACUGGGGAGAAGCCUUACCAGUGCUAUGAGUGUGGGAAGGGUUUCAGUCAGAGCUCAGAUCUCCGCAUCCAUCUCAGAGUCCACACUGGGGAGAAGCCAUAUCACUGUGGCAAGUGUGGGAAGGGAUUCUAGCCAGAGUUCCAACUCCUCAUCCCACCAAAGAGUACAUACCGGAGGAAAAGCCCUAUGAGUGCAGCAAGUGUGUGGGAAGGGCUUCAGCCAGAGCUCCCAACCUCCACAUUCACCAGCGGGUUCACAGGAAAGAUCCCUGUUUAAAGAGCUCUUUAAUUACAUAGUCACAUUCUAAGACUUAAGUAUUUUUAACAUCACUCUUCCCUAUAUAUUCUAUGAAGGAGAGAGACAAUAAGUUAUUAAGAUAUGUUAUUAAGAUAUGUUCCCUCACUGAAAAGGAAUCAUUCACUUAAAGUAUAUAAGUCCCAAGAACUUUUGUUAUGCUGUACAAUGAACUGCUUUUUCUAGUUCCUUAGACAGGUAGAGUGAAACAUCUGUACUUUACAGUUCAACUGGUGUUAUUGGAACUAUUAUUCCCUACCCAGCAUUUGCAAAGCAAGAACUUUACAUUUUAUCUAAGCAUAACAUGUUUUCCUUUGUUCACAAUCUCUGAGAAAAUGGAACACUGAUUUCUUUUCAAAAUA